AUGAACUGUUUGAUAAAUGACAAUGUUCAACUGCUUGAUUUACCUGAUGAGUUAAUUUUAAUGAUCAUGAAUAAAGUCAAACCUAAAGUGUUAUUACUUUGUUCUAUUAUUGCUCUUGGUAAUAAUCGUUUGGAACAACUUGCACUUGAGAAAUGUCAUUCAAUCGAUUUAACUAUUGAUUAUUUUCAAUCACUGUAUGAAUCACUCAUGACACGGUUUUAUUCACAUAUUAUGUAUCGUAUUAUCAAUAAUAUUCAAUCAUUGACACUCAAUAUUCGACAAAUUCCUGAUAUUGUCACUUAUGUUGAAAAAAACUCUAAUGGAAUUCUUCCAAAUUUGACACAUCUGAAGAUAAUGAUUGGUAGACAAUCUCAUCGAACAGGCACUCCUUAUACAUUAGAUGCAUCAAGGUCCGUUGAUAAUCGAAUCAUAUCUACUUUUCGUUGUUCAACAUUUAUGCGUUCUAUUGUAUGGUUGGAACUUGAUAAUGACUGUAUUUUACCAGAUGUAAUGAAUCCGGAUGGAUUGUUUUUCCCUCAAUCAAUACAAUUGUCUCAUAUCCAAAUAACAUUAAAUAAAUUUGGCGAUUGUGUCCAUUUACUAACUCAGUUGGGUUCGCAACUCUGUUCAUUUGCUGUUAGCAUUAUUUCAUGCCCCAAUUUGAAACAAUUGACAGUAACAAUCUAUCAUAAUAUUGUUAACUAUAGUGAAUGUAUUGUUUCUUUUCUACAACGUCUCUUAAAUGUCGAACGUUUAACAUUAUUAUUAGCUAUUGAUAUAACAACAACUAGACUCACUCAUUUUAUUACUGAAUUUGAUUUAGAGAACGACAUUGUUUCAUACAUGCCUCAUCUGUGUCAAUUUAAUUUCCACAUUCGUUCAAUAUUAGAAAACGCUUCUCCUGUAGAAAUUGGCACAAUUCGUCGAAGUAUUAUGAAAUGUCAACAAGAUGUUAUUUGUACAGUCGACUAUUUCAAUAAUAACUACGGUCAAUGUCAAUUGUAUUCACUUCCAUUUAUUGGCAAUCGUCUUGAUUUCAUUUCAAAUCGAUUUCCACUAUUCGAUAUGAAUAACACGUUCUCAAUGGUUACCAUGUUAUUACUUUUCGAUGAUGCGAAACCGUUCGAAAAUCUUUUUUUUGCACGUAUCGCUCGUGCUCUACCCAAUCUAAAGACACUCGAAGUGUUCAAUAAACUUGAACAACAGGAGAAAGAAACGAUCACAACAAAUAAUCUUGAAUUUGGUCAUUUAUCUGCACUAAUUCUACUCGACAUUCAUAUGGAUUAUGCUGAACAGUUUCUUUGUCGAAGUCGUCUUCCUUGUCUAACCGAACUGGCUAUUCAUAAGCAAUUUAAAUGCAAAAUUCGUUUACUUGCUAUUAAAUAUUCAUUCGAUGAAUUUCGUCGAAUUUUUGUUGAUGAAAAAGUUUUUAUUGAAAGUAAAGAACCAAUCAUACCUAAAUAA